UUUAACAACAAACGAAGAAGAAGAAGUGCCAGGAAAUAAACAAAGCCAGACAAGCUGAGAGGAGGGAAGAAGAAGGAGCUCAGAUCUGGUGCAGCAAGUGAUAUUAACUGUUGAUGUGAGCGGCUGAGCUCACAGGACUCACCAUCAUGAUGACUACAAAGAGACUCGGAAACUUUGAGGUGGUCUGUGAGUGGGCUUCGUGCAGCUUCACGGGCCGCUCCAUGGAGGAGCUGAGCGACCACAUGUCUCUGCAUUUGAAGGACUACCUGGGAGACAACGAUGCCCUGGAGGAGCUGGAUGAAUAUGCCUGCCUCUGGAAUGGAUGUGAAUUUCUAUCCAUGGGUAGCCCUACAGAACUGGAGGUCCAUGCUUACUUCCACAACUACCACGGUAAGCUUAAGUUUGUCGGGUCUCAGCUGCUCAAGUCCCGUCCAGAUCUACCCAGCUGCAACCAAGGCAUGCACAGCAACAACCUUGUUCCUGAAGGAUCAGAUGGAUAUGUUUGCCAGUGGGAGCAAUGUGAUUGUACAUUUAAUAAUCCUGAGUGGUUCUAUCGACAUGUGGACAACCACGUAGAAAGUGCUGAACCCCAAUCUCUGCCUCAACAGCAGCAGGCGCUCUUCUGCCAGUGGGCAGGCUGCGACGCCUUUUUCAAAAUCAGGUACCGUUUGAGAGAACACAUGCGAAGCCACACUCAGGAGAGACUUGUCGCCUGUCCUACAUGCGGCAGCAUGUUCUCCAGCAACACAAAGCUGUUUGACCACCUCCACAGGCAGGCCGAGCCAGUAGAGACGCUGGUUUGUGAACAUUGUGGCAAAGCUUUUUCCAGCGAGAGGCUUUUGAGGGAUCAUGUUCGUCAGCAUGUGAAUCAGGUGAAGUGCCCCUUUUGUGACAUGACCUGCACCACUUUGGCAGCUCUGAAGAUCCACAUCAGGUUCCGCCAUUGUGAUGAGCGUCCGUUUCCGUGCGACUUCUGUGACAAAAGAUUUAAGAACCAGCGCGAUCUGCAGAAGCACACAGAGGUUCACAACGAGGGCACCGUGUACAGCUGUUCAGUGGAGGGCUGUGAUUAUACUUGUCAUACGUUCCAAACAAUGAGCCAACACUUCAAGAGAAUCCAUGAGGUUGGGGGGAUGGCUAAAUAUAAAUGCCAUAUCUGUGAUAAGGUGUUCUCUUGGUGUUACACUCUUACACUUCACCUUCGCAAGAAGCACGAGUUGAAGUGGCCCUCUGGACAUUCCCGCUUUAGGUACAGGAAGGAUGUAGAUGGCUUCCUGAAAUUAAACAUGGUGCGCUUUGAGACUGUUGAAGUGACAAAAGAGAUCAUGAAGAACAUGGCCAAAAAGCCGCAGAGCCUUCAGAAAAGUCUGAGCAGCAGCAGUCAGGACGAGAGGGUUGCGGUCACACCAGAGAGCGGCCGAAGCUCUCCCACGGGAUCCUCCUCACCCUCCUCCAGCUCCUCCUCCUACUCCUCAGAGUUCUCUGGAGGUGAGGACAUGUCGUCUCAGCCCAGCCCCAGAGGCAGCGACUCUCCGGUCUACUGUGUGAUGAGCACUAUUCCUCACGUUGAGGACGAGUCUGCAGGACUAAUGCAGGAGGACUGUGACGGUAUUGGUGCUUCUGGAGCUGUCCAGGCUCUGACAGAAGUUGCAAGGGGCCUUGGAAUGGAUGUUGUUUGAUUGUUCACGCUACACUGGGUCAAAUGGCACACACCCAGUGUUAGCUAUAUGCAAUGAAAUUGGUUUGUUUGUUCAUAUUUUGUUAUGCAGCUGUUAGUGGAGACAGCACUGGAACAGUUUUUGGAGUUUAUUUUAAAUUCCAAGCUUCCUCACAUUCUCCAGUAUUUGUUAUAUUGAGAAGAUCAUGUGCACCAUGGUUCUGAAGAAUGCAGUUUCACUAUAGCAGCUCUUUUAAACUCAAAUGCCACAGCCUUGCUUUUUAAGGCCCCGGACCAUAGGUAAACAUUUCUGUUAAAGCUUACAUGAAUGGGGAGGAUUUAAAAGGACUAGAAAGCUUGUUCCAUGAAGUAUCCACCAUGCACCGAAUUCAGAAGAGUUUAUUUUCUAUUGUGGACUUU